CGAGAAUAAUCGAAUUUUAUUUGAAGUAUAUCAAUUUGGAAUCAGAGAUCACUAAGCUCUAAAAUUUGAUUAUUUUUAGAAUAUAAUAAAAUGAUUUCCGCGAGGAAAAGUAAGCAAAUGUUACCUCCAGUUCCGUGUCAGUGGAGAGAAUGUGUUGAACUUUUUACCGAUGAUUGGAAAUUAAAUGAACAUAUAAAGAGUCAUUUGGAGGGGUUCGUUCAAGAAAAUAAUAAAACAUUUGAUUGCCCUUGGAAUGACUGUAACUUUGUUACGACUGAUUUAACAGAAAUUAACCGGCACAUAUAUUACCAUGGUUAUUAUACUUCACUUAUAGUAAGAGGAAAAUAUGAAUGUGACCAAAAUCCAAAUAUUCCUGGUUGCAGUGCGCGGCAAAAAGAAGCAGAUAGGAUUCCCGAUUUAAAGAAUGACUUCCUUUGUGAAUGGACCGAUUGUCGACGAACAUUUGUGUCUAUAGUGGAAUUUCAAGAUCAUAUUGUUCAACAUGCUUUAUUUGAAUAUGAGAUCCAGAAAUCCCCAAAUGAUACACGACCAAAAGUUAAUUGCAAAUGGAGCAUAUGCAGCAAGCUUUUAGACAAUAAGUACAGACUAAUUGAGCAUAUUUUUACUCACGCGAAUAAAAAAUCUCUUGCAUGUUGUCAUUGCGGUGAAGUUUUUAGGACGAGGACAACUUUAUUUGAUCAUCUAAGAAGACAACCUGGAAACAAUACUCACAAAUUCCAAUGUGACCAGUGUUUUAAAUACUUCGCGACGGAAAAAUUAUUGCGAUCACACUUCUUAAAACACGUAAAUUGUUAUAAGUGUAGUCUCUGUAAUAUGUCAUGCCCAUCUUCAAGUUCAUUAGCAACACACAUACGUUAUCGACACCUGAAGGAUAAGCCUUUUAAAUGUACUGAAUGUGAACAUCGUUGUGUACGAAAAAGCGACUUGCAGAAACAUAUGAAACACAUUCAUAGCAAUCAAGUUCAUCGUUGUCAGCAAUCUGGAUGUAACUAUGCUGUGCGUACAUACAACUUAUUAAGACGACAUUGCUUAGAAGUUCAUGGAAAUAGUCCAUUUAUUUAUAUGUGUCAUUGCUGCGAUAAAUUAUUCAAGCAUAGUAAAUAUUUGUCAAAGCAUUUGAUCAAGAAACACGAUUUCAAACUACCCUCUGGACAUAAGCGCUUUACAUAUCGUAUUGAUGAAAAUGGUUUUUACUUAUUGGAAACAUUGCGAAUUGAGAGCCUAGAAGUAACAAAACAAAUUUUGUCACCACACCCCUUAGAAGCAUCCGACGUAACGGAAGAUAGUAGUUGUUACGAGAUAGUAUCUAUGACUAAUCAACAGGAUCAGCGUGUAAUUGUUGCAAAUGAUGCAAAUGAAGCACGACUAAUAGGUGAAGUUGUUAUAUCAUUACCUUUAGGAAAUGAGAGUUGAAAAUAAGAGAAUAUUUACAGUUUUAACGAUGACUAAUUUUACUAUAUACUAUAUGUAUUUAUAUAAGCAUUAGACUGUAUUCCUAUGUUAUAACUUUUUAAUAAAAAGAGAAAUGAGCAAUAUUGUCCAUCCUGGUAUGUAUGUCCUGGCUGGUAUGUUAACAA